AGCCAAGGCGCUUUACCGGAAAAAUCAAGUUUUUUCCCACCCAACCAGGCUAAUUUAACGACUGCUAAGCCGGGAAUUGCCAAUUUAACCAAUCAAACAAUUACUCAUCCUGUCCUUACUACGCCACCAGUGAUAAACGCUACGGAAACAGUGAAAGGGGAAACACCCCCCACCCAAGACAAGAUUGCCGCAAAAGUAAAUAAUAAUUCUGCUAUUGUCACUGAUAGACCGGUUAAUAAUACUCCUAGUCCAGCCAGCAAAAGCCCACCCAAACUACCUAAUUUCCGAACCUGCUCAAUCUCCGCUGACUCCUCCUGCCCAGUCGAACCGGCUAAUUUUAACAAUCUGAAUACCACACCAAGCAAAACUGACCAAGAAAAAGUAUUUGACAACUCAACAAUUCCUAAUCCCCAACCCACCUUUAAGUCAACAACAUUACCAACCCCAGAAACUGACAAUAGUUAUUGA